UGAAUCCACACCCCCGUUCUUCCUCGCGGUAGUAAUAGAGAGUAAUAAAUAAUAACCGAUGAAGUGUCCGUAUUGCUCGGCGGCGCAAGGUCGGUGCGCCACUACGACAACCGGCCGGUCCAUAACAGAGUGCACCUCGUGCGGACGUGUCGUCGAAGAGCGCCAAUCCCAAAACCAUCACCUCUUUCACAUGCGAGCUCAAGAUACCCCUCUCUGCCUCGUGACCUCCGACAUCCCCAUCCCCGCUCCCGCUUCCGCCUACCGAAUCCACGAAGACGACCCGUUUGAGCCUACGGGCUUUAUCACUGCUUUUUCCACAUGGUCCCUGGAGCCCAGUCCACUCUUCCUCCGGUCUUCUCUAUCCUUUUCCGGCCACCUAGCGGAGCUCGAGCGGAUUCUUGAACUUUCUUCGUCUUCAGCGCCUCCGGAAACGUCGUCUCCGACGGUUGUGGUGGAUAAUUUGAGGGCUUAUAUGCAGAUUAUUGACGUGGCGUCUAUUUUAGGGUUGGAUUGCGUUAUAUCGGAUCACGCGUUCCAGUUAUUUAGGGAUUGUUGUUCGGCUACCUGUUUGAGGAACCGAAGUGUUGAGGCGCUUGCUACUGCUGCUCUUGUUCAGGCCAUUAGGGAAGCUCAAGAGCCCCGAACCCUACAGGAAAUCUCAAUUGCUGCCAAUGUGCCACAGAAAGAGAUUGGUAAGUACAUCAAAAUCCUGGGAGAAGCUCUACAAUUAAGUCAACCUAUCAACAGUAAUUCAAUAUCAGUUCAUAUGCCGAGAUUUUGCACUCUCCUCCAGCUCAACAAAUCUGCACAGGAGCUGGCAACUCAUAUCGGGGAAGUUGUGAUCAAUAAAUGCUUUUGCACUCGCCGAAAUCCGAUUAGUAUCUCUGCAGCUGCUAUAUAUCUGGCAUGCCAAUUAGAAGACAAACGCAAGACACAGGCUAAGAUAUGUAAGGUGACAGGUCUUACAGAGGUCACCCUCCGGAAAGUCUACAAGGAGCUAUUAGAGAACUGGGAUGAUCUACUUCCAUCUAAUUACACUCCAGCUGUCCCUCCAGAGAAAGCAUUUCCCACAACUACAAUUGCCACGGGCAGAACUUCAGUGCCUAGAGUUGAUCCAGUUGAUCUGAGUUCUACAUUGGAUAGAGAUAAGCAGCAAGACUCAAAGCCGAAUAAGCCUAAUGAUGUGUCAGAACCUGGCCUUCAAGCUAGAGGCGAAGAUGGUGCAGAAAACAACGGCAAUUCUUCUGGAACCCAUGCUGCUAUGUUGAACCGGCCACCACAGUUCAGGCAGCCUUGGCUUCAGUUUGGGGCCCCAAGUGUUAGGACAGUAGGAGAUAAAAACCAGACUACCAUUGGAGGAGACAUUAAUGAGGCGCAACAAAGCUGUGCAGAGUUAGAAAAGAAAGUAGAUGCGCCAAAGACCGAUACAAAGGGUGCUAGCAGUUCUCUAAGGCCAAGUCAGUUCUCAAGCUCUCCGGGUUCAAAUGUGAGUACAAUCACUUGGCCAUUAGGUUCACCACCCACAUCAAGUCCUUCACCAAACAUGCCUAUUGUGCAUCCACCGAAGUUGCCACCGGGUUAUGCAGAAGUUAAAGGACCGGGGACUCAAAAUGGAAGUAAGGUUAACAAUCUGCGUGGAGACUCAGAGUGAAAAUUUAGAACCGGUCCUUGAAUUGUUGUGGAACAUCGUAAUUAAUAAGGUUACGUAUAUUCCUGUUAUACACCUGCUUAUGCUUUCAUGACUCUUUUGCAGGAUUAAAAUGACCGUGGCAACGUAACCUUGCGAUCUUUAUAUUUGUGGCUCUUAUGGAUAAAUCCACCUUUAAUAUUCACGGUA